GGCCCCCCCCCUCCCCCGCGCCGCUCCCCGCGCGGUUUCCUUCCCGGCCUGCUUCGCGCCGGGGCGGGCGGGCCAGAGCAGCCAAGAUGGCCGACUUCGAGGAUCGGGUGUCGGAUGAGGAGAAGGUACGUAUAGCUGCAAAAUUCAUUACUCAUGCACCCCCAGGAGAAUUUAACGAAGUGUUCAAUGAUGUCCGGCUACUACUUAAUAAUGACAAUCUCCUCAGAGAAGGGGCAGCACAUGCAUUUGCCCAAUAUAACAUGGAUCAGUUCACACCUGUGAAGAUAGAAGGAUAUGAAGAUCAGGUUUUAAUUACAGAACAUGGUGACCUGGGCAAUAGCAGAUUUUUAGAUCCAAGAAACAAGAUUUCCUUUAAGUUUGAUCACUUACGGAAAGAAGCCAGUGACCCCCAGCCCGAGGACACAGAUGGUAGUCUGAAGUCGUGGAGAGAAUCCUGUGACAGUGCUUUAAGGGCCUAUGUGAAAGAUCACUAUUCCAACGGCUUCUGUACUGUUUAUGCUAAAACUAUAGAUGGGCAACAGACCAUUAUUGCAUGCAUUGAAAGCCACCAAUUUCAGCCUAAAAAUUUCUGGAAUGGUCGUUGGAGAUCAGAGUGGAAGUUCACCAUCACACCACCUACAGCUCAAGUGGUGGGAGUACUUAAAAUACAGGUUCACUAUUAUGAAGAUGGAAAUGUUCAGUUAGUUAGUCAUAAAGACGUACAAGAUUCAGUAACUGUUUCGAAUGAAGUCCAAACUGCCAAGGAAUUUAUUAAAAUCAUAGAGCAUGCAGAAAAUGAGUAUCAGACAGCAAUUAGUGAGAACUACCAAACAAUGUCAGACACCACGUUCAAGGCUUUGCGCCGGCAGCUUCCAGUCACCCGCACCAAGAUCGACUGGAACAAGAUCCUCAGCUACAAGAUCGGGAAGGAAAUGCAAAAUGCUUAAAGGCUGAAUGCAGGGCUCUUCAUUACAUGGAAAGAAAGGAUUCAACAUGUGAUCAUUCGAUAUAUAAGUGAUUUAUAAACAAGAGUGAUAUUUUGCUAGGGCUUUCAAAGUUAACAGGUUUUCUAGUCUCAUGGAAUACUGUUGGACCUAUAUAGCAUUGUCUUGUUUCUUUUGUGUUCUUUUUGCCUUGUAAUUUUCUUUUUCACUAUUAUCUACUUGUAAAUUUUUUUUUUAAUUUUGCAACAUUUAAUGAUGGAAACAUUGAUCUAUCUUGGAGUCAUUCUAUUUAGGAAAUGUUCCUAUCCAUAACGUCCUAUUACUGACGUAGACAGGUCAUUUGGUCAGUACUUUUCUACCUUUAUCUUUCAGAGCACUUCUGGUACUUCAGUGGUCUGUACUGAUCCACCAGCAGCUGGGAGCUAUGCUACCAACUAUAGCUGAAUGGAAGAUAUUUCCCUCUUACUGCUUUGAUCAUUUAUAACAUCUCAACUGUAGCCUUCAAAAGUUUGGAUUAGGACUUUUCGAGUCCUUUUGGGGUGGAGUGAAGGAAGUUUCUGGACAUUCCAUAAUAACCAGCUUCUCUGAGAAAAUUGUUUUUUAAAUCCAAAGACUUGAGCCACAUUCCCUGCCCAUAAAUGUGUUUGCUUUUUUUUUUUCUUACCUUGUCUCCUUCCCUCUAGUACUAUUAUAAUUAUAGACAUCUGCAUUUACAGAAGUUUUUUUUGUUUUUUUUUUUAGUGAAACACCAUGAGGUACAGUUAUAGACUUAUAAAUUUUUGUGCUUGGGUUUCAGUUGUACAAUGAUCAAGUACCCAUCCCUCCACCACCUCCACCAGUGCCCAUCCUCCACCACCACGUGUCCCAGCAUCCCUCCCACCCCCCAUCCCCCCAUCCCACCCUGCCUCUGUGGCAGGGCAUUCCCCCUUGUUCUCUCUCUGCAGAAGAGUUUUUAAUCCAUUUUUUAAUAUUCAGGAACUGCUGACAUACUAGGGAUGUAGUAGAAUAUAAAACUUUAAAUGCAGAUGUUGAAGGAACAGUAGGUAUUGAUAUUUUGUGCUUUAACAUUUUGGCAGGAUUGUAUAAGCAAGUGAAUCAAAAACAAACAAAAACUGAAUGAACCAAAGUGAAAAGGGUAACUUCCAGGCAGUAUCUUUCUAUUGUAACCAGGUAUUUCAGGGAAUACUGGUGAUCUGUUUGAAAUAGGUUGUAAAACUUGUUCUAAAUUACUCUUCCUCAGUCCUGCCUGCCAAAUGUAACUGUGAUAUAGCAAGCCUCUAGUGGCAGGUUUUGCAUAACCUUAAUGCACAGGUGACAUAGAUGUGAUAUGACAGCUGGUAAUGGUGGACUCAUUUACAUUGUUUACACUUCUAUGACCAGGCCUUAAGGAAGGUCAGUUUUUUUAAAACCAAGUAGUGUCUUCCUUUCUCCAAAUACAUGUCCAAAAAAAGGGGUGUUUGUGCUUCAGCUUUUUUUUUUUGCUGAGUAAAAAAAAGUCAAGCAAGAGUUCCUUUAUGAGUGACCUACAGAGCUGUAUAAGCAUUUUUAUUUCAAAUAAACUAUAUUUGUAUUAUUUGUCAUUCAUACUAUCCAUUCAGACCACACUAUCCUCUGUAUCAGUAGUCCAAUAGAAAUAUACCUGUUUUGU